GUGGCCGGGCGGUGUCUCGCGAGAGUCGUGUGGCGGUAGUGGUCUCGCGUGGCUGCGGCCCGCUCCGCGCCCGCCCCCGGGUGCUUGGGCCGACGGCGGCGGCGCCGAGCAGAGCCGAUCGCCGCUCCCCGCUCCGGCGGUGCCGAAAUGGGUCUGCUUUCAGAAGAUGCAAUGCAUUAGAUGUGGUGCUUGGAACAGGAUUAGUCAUGGCAUCAGAACUAUGUAAAACAAUAUCUGAGGCAAAGCUGGAAAGGCACAAGAACUUGUUCUUAAAUUACCGAAAUCUCCAUCAAUUUCCUUUGGAGUUACUGAAAGAUGAGGGGCUGCAGUACUUGGAGAGACUUUAUAUGAAAAGAAAUUCCCUGACCACAUUGCCAGAAAACCUUGCACAGAAGCUUCCAAACCUCGUGGAAUUGUACCUUCAUUCAAAUAACAUAGUUGUUGUACCUGAAGCCAUUGGCUCCCUCGUUAAACUGCAGUUUCUGGACCUAAGUGAUAAUGCCCUCGAAAUUGUGUGUCCAGAGAUUGGCCGCCUGAGAUCUUUACGUCAUCUUCGCUUGGCUAACAACCAGCUGAAAUAUUUACCUGCAGAGGUUGGAGACCUGAGGGAGCUGCAAACACUGGACAUUUCAACCAAUCGUUUGAUAACGUUACCUGAAAGGCUACAUAUGUGCCUUUCACUGCAGUACUUGACCGCAGACCGAAACCACCUGUGGUAUGUUCCCCGCCACCUGUGCCAACUACCAAGCCUCAAUGAGCUCUCCAUGGCUGGAAACCGCCUUGCAUUUUUGCCACUUGAUUUAGGUCGUUCUCGGGAGCUGCAAUAUGUUUAUGUGGAUAACAAUAUUCAUCUGAAAGGCCUCCCAUCUUAUCUGUAUAAUAAAGUCAUUGGUUGCAGUGGUUGUGGUUCUCCAAUUCAAGUUUCAGAGGUGAAACUGCUCUCUUUUUCAUCGGGCCAGUUAACUGUGUUCCUGCCAGCAGAGGUGAAAUCUAUAGGGACAGAAACAGAUCAUGUGCUACCUUUGCAAGAACUGGCCAUGAGGACCCUCUAUAACACCUACUACAGGUUUUUAAAAGUUCCAAGGGUGCUGUUAAAUACUUGGCGGCUGCUAGAUUUGAAUUUUCUGACUCCAAUCUCCCUACCCAAAAGCCUCUUGGAAUUGCUGCACUGUCCCUUGGGACACUGCCACCGCUGCAGCCAGCCUAUGUUUACCAUUGUCUACCCAAAGCUCUUUCCCUUGAGGGAAACUCCAAUGGCAGGAUUGCAUCAAGGGAGGACAACUGUUAGUUUUGUGGCAUACUGCUGCUCCACCCAGUGUCUGCAGACUUUUGACCUACUGAGUUGAUAAACAUUUAAAACUACUCAGGAGUGCUGCCAGUUUAAAGCUGCAUUAGACGUCGUAUCCCAUUGGUACUGGAAUACUCUGUGUGUGCGUGUGUGCCAAAGCAGCAGAAGUGCCCAGUUGGAAGCACUAAGAGGCACUUAAAUCCUGCCCUAUCAAAUUUGGAUGAACUGCAGAAACUUUUCGGAAGUGUAAAUACCAAGCUUUUAAAAGUAUUAACUUCUCUUUCCUCUAAGAUAGCAUACAAACCAAACAAAUUCACAAGCUCUAACUUGAGGAUUUCCAGUAUUUUUUCAAAUGUGGCUGUCUUCAGGUUAACCCGUUGCAUCAUUUGAGGCAGUUUUCAUUCCCCUAACGGGGAAAAAAAAAUUUCAGUUGUGACAAAUGAGUUUUCACUUACACCUCUCCCUCCCCCCAUCCUCUUUACCCCUACGGCUGGAUUAAGGUGUAUAAAUCUAAGCCUACAGAAACCAUUGAUGGAUCCCAGUGACUUUCCCAUAGAAUUUAGCUUUAUUUUCUUCCUCUCAUCUCAAUAUUUCCCCCCCAGUUGUAUACCAAGUCUUUUACAGUUAGCUGUGGUAUUUAAAUCCACGUAUUAAAAGCAGAUCUUCCUUUCUGGUAUCAUUAGAAGCCACACUGAUUUAAUUGGAGUAACUAGGAUAUGUCUGGAGACUAAAGAUCCUGUUUCAGUAAAGAAGGCUGGUACUGAUGCCUACACAAAGUGGUCUUGCUCCAGCAUGUUUGCAGGUGUGUUUUCUUUAUUUUCAUCUUUCGAGUUUUUUAUUUUUAAAAACACUUCCCCUUUUGUUUCUUUGAGUUCUUCAGGAAGAAGACAACUUUAACUAUCAAUUUCACUUGAAAAAAACCUAGUAAUAUGAUAGUAAAUAUUUAUCUAUAUUUAUUAUAUUUUUACAAUUGCGGACUGUAGAUCUGCAAAGAGUUGGUCUUCAUCUUUUUCUAGAUUCAGCAUUUGGCUGAUUUGUGAAAGUGUGUCAGUGAAGUGUGUGCCUCGAAGAAGGCUGGAAAUCCAGGGGGAGGUAUGUGUAUCUCCAUGCAUAGGUAUAUAUGCAUACAUAGAUAUCUUCACAGAAGGGCUGUAACAUUUGUUUUUGUAUAUUAAUGGUAGAUUUAGCACAAAUUUCCACUCACUAUCAUAUUUGUGGGAAUCAUUUUUUGUUAGAUCUUAUUCAUUUUAAAUAAAGGACAAAGGAUGGAAAAAAGAUCCAAAAUGCCUGCAUGACUUAAAAUUUUAAUUUUACACUGAAACAGUUUAUACAAAAUUAGCCCCUCUUGACUUGUUUUGGAAUAUAUUUUUUUUUUUUAAUAUAAUGUCUUCUUUUUUUUUUUACUUUAUAUUUCUUAGGUAUAAACUACUUGUUGAUUUAGCACAGUGUACUACUCUGUGCAGUAGGUAGUUACAAGCUGAAAUAGAUAUGAAUGAAACAGUUUGUUAUAAAAAUGGCAAGAUAAAGAGACUUAUUUGGUAGUAUAUUAGCAUAUGUUGUGGUGAGGUGUGCAUACUUCGAAGGGAGGAGGCAGUAAAACGUUUUCCUUUUGCCAAAGAAGCAUUUGUUCCUGCUGCAGGCUUCCUGGCAUCUCUUCAAUAAAUAGAGUAUCUUAAGAGCUUAAAAGAGUACCGAAAAGGCAGUUUUGAGGGUGGAAUUUUUAGGUUGUGCGUGUUACUUGUAAAAGCGUUGCUGGUUUUAUUGGGUUGGUUUUAGAGAGUUGAAUUAACAUUAAGAAAUGUAGAACUUAAUCCUCCAGGAAUGCAAGUAUCAUCUACUGUUUAAGAAUUGUGAAACUUUCUAAAAUAAAUCCUAUUUAUUAAAUGUGCUUUGCAGUAGGGGAAAGAGCCAUGUCCAAGCAAACUUUGUACUAUUGGAUUUCUGACUCUCUCAUUUCACUAAUUUGUUUCAACGUUGGUAUCCCCAACAGGCAUUCCCACCCAGUGGGGUUUACCACUGAAGCAGCAAAAUUAAUCUUCAGCUUUUUUCUUUUCUUUCAGUACUACAUAGUUGAGAUGUAAAUUGCCCGUGUAUUAUACCUAAUCCAAAAUGUGCAAGUGUAGUACAGAAUCCAUUUUUUUAAAUGGAUGAUAAGAGAACUAUGGUAGUGUUACAAAUAUUAAUUUUUCAUACAAUACUCUGAUCAGGAAUUUUCAGUAUUACUUUUACUGUGGCUUCCUCUGUCUUUGAAGAUGUUUUGUUGGAAGUUUAUUUGUCCUCUUUUCAUAGCAACUUACAGACUUUUAAAACACAGUUUAUUUCUGAAUUCAGUCUGUAAAUAUUAUUUUGGAGUUAAAUCUUUUGAUCAGUUAAAAGGCGGUGGGUUUUUUUUAUUAGGAGUCAGACAGUAAGAGUGGAGCUUGAUUUUUUUUUUAAAUUAUUUUUUACUUUCUUCUUGCCAUAAUUAAUUGGUUUUUAUUGAGCUCAUCAGUCUCUUUAUUAUUGUCUAGAAGUGCAGUUUAGAAGAAAUUCUAGUCUGUUCUGUAAGCAGGAUGAAUCUUAACUAACAUUUUAAUAGAUGAUAUUUCAAGAAUGGAAUGUUCAAUGAAUAAAUGACUUAAACACGCAAUUGAAGCUGAAAUGUCAUACCCUAUUUUUAUAAACCAAGGAAGACAAAAGCCAAUAUAUAGACUGAAAAUGCAGCUUAAAUUCAUGUUUCUCUGAUGUUUUUUGGAUACAAACAGUGUUUGUAUUCAUCUGUAUCUUUGGGUGAUAUUGUUCUAGAUUAAAAUAACUCCAUUCUCACUUGUCCAAAUUUUUAAGCUGUUCUACUGUAAGAGUAUUUCAUAACCAGCUAACAUGAGAGCCAGCUAUGCAAGUUGCAGAGGGGAGAGCGAGCUUGUUGCUGAUUGAACUGUGCAUCACUUGUUUUUCAAUAUGAGGUGUCAUAAUACUUGGACUUCUCUUUAAUGCGUUUAUUUCUAGGUACUUUUUGAUUACUUGCUCUUGUUUGUCAGGUUAGUUCACAAUGAGAUAAAUUUUUCCUUGUACUGCAAAAAAUCUGGUUCCAGCAGUUGGAAAAAAUUACCAAUUUUUAAGGGGUUUUUUGUCAUGAAAGUAGAUCUUUACUUAAGGUGGGAGCAGGAGAAGUUUCUGGGGUUUUUUUCCUCGGCAUUAUAAAGAGAAAAGUGCAGGAGAGAAAUGAGAGAAAAUAAGUCUUUAACCCAUUGAUAUUGCUAUAAAAUUUUUCUGAGUAAAGAUUAACUCCUAAUGUGGUUAGGGAGCACAGGCAUAAUUUUUGUUUAUGUUGUGAUAACAGGCACCAUGUUAAUAAAAUUGGGACCCUACUGCUUAUAGAGAUAACUUUUUGUUCUGCUAUAAAGGAAACAGGAAUCUCUAGCUUCGUUUAAAAAUACUAUAUGAGUGGUUUUACUAUGGACACUGUUACAUGUGGAGCACUGUUCUUGGGAACCUUCCUGUUACUCCCCUGAAGGAUCAGAAAUACAAAUGUCCUUUCCUGUGCGAAGAACAAGGUCUAAUAUCAAGAAGUGCGUAUUUUUCUGAUUUGGCCUGAUGCUUCUCUUGAGCUCUUACUGAAGUUCAUUACAAACCUUUUAUUUACUUCGUUGCGGUGACGUUAAGAUCUUACACGGAGCGGAGCAGAGCAGAGAUGUUCGUUUCCAAGUUCGCUUCUAAUUCUUAUAUAUCGAAUUCUGCUGAAUCCCUUUUUCUGGCAUGAAGGGAGGACAAGACUGUUCUAACACCCGUGUGGUAACAGCAUGUCAGGUUUUACUGACAUCACAGCCAAGUUGAAGACUGGAGAGUGACAAACCUUUCACUAGAGAGGAUGACUUUUUUUUUUGAAGGCCACUGCGGCCCCAUCAGAGUACCACUGAUAACAGAAGAACUUUUGCCUUGAUGUCAGUGGAGGACAGAUCAAGUUUUAAUUGAUGAGAGAGAAGAAUGUGUUUUCCCGUCUUUGUACUUCUUGCAAAAACUGCGGCAAUGACACUGAAGUCCAUGCCUGCUGCUAGGCAGCCUCUGUGUGCAGCUGAACUUAGUAAUUCCAAGAUGUAACUAUCUUUGCCUCUUACCUCCCUCUUAAUACUACUCACGUUGUUGCAAAAUGUUAUAGUUAACUUGUGAUGGAAGAGGCUGAGUAAAUUGAAUCCAGAGUUUUUAUUACUUUUUGUAUUACAGACAUAUUUUGUAAGAGACCAAAGGUCUGGUGGAAAGAAAUGGCAAGGUUCAUGUGACGUCUUCAUUGCUUUUGCUUUUAUGUGCCCUUCUUUGGAUUACAACUUGAACUUGGAUUGCAACUGAGUUCAUUCUGUGUCUGUUGAAAGCAUAUGUGUAUUGCUUUUUUGCUCUGUACUAACCAAAUGUUACUUAGUGUGAAGGUGAGAUUGCUAGAUGUUUUAUUUAAAGUUAGUGGUGCAAUUUAUUGUAUGUGCUUGUUAAUAAACUAUAUUUUUUGAUAGAAUUACAGUCCAUUAAAGUUAACUAAAUUUGUGCUCCUGGGCCUAUUAAGCUAUGUUAGGAUGUAGCAUUUAAUUUACAUUUCAGUUAAUUUGCAUAGUAAUUAGCUAGUAAGUCUCUUGUCCCAAGGCUGAAGAGGUGGGGUGAAGACACUUCUUAAAACACUACCAAGCCCAAAACACCGCUUCAAUUCACUUAAUGCCUUUGUCUCAGACAAUGUAGUUCACCAGAUCUUGCAUAAUAGGAACAAAACCCAUAUGGAAACAUUACACCCUUCUAUGGAUUGGUCAAAAGAAAAAUAACUUUGAAUAGGGCUGUAUUAAGUGCUACCCUGAUAGUCCAUAGAUGUGGCUGUGGUUCAUGUAUUAUUUACUAAGCAGCAUUCAGCAGCUUUUUUCCCCCUCAUCUAACAGAUACCAUAGGAACAAGGUUGCCAAAAAGAAGUAGAAAUUAAGCAUCUGUUUUUCCAGUUAUUUCACUCCUUGCUGUGCAGCAUUUUGCUUCAAAGCUGCUACCCUGUAUCUGUUCUGAUGAGUUCGAGUGAGAUGCUGUCUGAAUUAUUGCACAUGUAUUGGGUGAAUACUAGCAUAUCCAUUAUUAAAUGACACCUAUGUUGGUCAAGGUGACUCUGAACAUCAGUUACAAUGGAUGUCUUGGAGGGUUUAGAUACCAUUCAGACUUCCUUGAUGCUUGUUUGCUAGUAAGUUUACGAUGACUUGCCUUUUUAAUAUUUUACAAAUGACAACAUGAAUUUUCCUACCCUUGCAAUGUAGGUAACCUCUGAUGCAAGGCAGCAGGAGGAGGAUGCAAGUUCCUAAAGUGAGAUUGCAGGGGGCAGGGUGGAGAACAACCCUUAACCUAUAACUUUUAGCGACUGCUGCUCUGUCCCUUGUGAAUUAGAAAGAAACAAACGGGAGAGCUUAACAUCCUUUUCCUUUGCAAUUAAAAGUACUUGGCAUAAAUGCAAGCUAAGUGGAAACUUCAGUGGCUGAAUAAUGCUAUUGUAUGCAGGAAAUGAGAGGAGCUGAGAUCUCAUUUGGAAAGGCACUACAUGUUUUGUGACUUUGAAGCCAAGAUUUAGGGCUGUUCUGUGUGGUGACAUUUUGGGAACUUGAGAGCCAAAUUGAACCGCUGCAUCUGCAUCCCCCAACUUUAGUGAUCACUUAAUAAUUACAGUAGAGCCCUCUAUUCUGCACUUGAAGAAUACCUACUGGUAUUGUAGCUGGCUCAGGAGCCUGGGAGCAGCCAUUUAUAACUAUGAGGUUUGUGUCUGCUACUUCAGCAAGAAAGAGCAAGAUUGACCGAAUGCUUUCUUUAGCUUUUGACAUUUUAAAUAAUGAAAUCCUCAUAGCAUGCUUUUUCAGCACCCAUUAUGCCCUUGAGAUGUCUCCCGCUCCCAGGCAACAGACCUUGACACAUCUGUGAGAGAUCUUGAGUCUCAAGCAUGAAAGCAGUUCUGUUGUUGGAGGUGCUGAAGUGAUUUGACUUUCUGAUGAUGCCUUCCAAGUGGCAAUCAAGGGCUAAUUUCUCAAGUACCCUGAUGCUCUUUUGUAUGUUCAUGAGGAAUGUAAAUAUUGACUGGCUCUUUCUGUCAAAGAAAGCUGUCAGUCACGGAUGCCUGUUCUGUUGCUAAAUAUGGCUACAGCCACAGUAUGAGGACCAGUGCCUUAAAGGUGUUCUCCUGUCAUUUUCUGUGAACCUCAGGAAGUUACGAGAUUUACAUUUUUUUCUUCAGAUCAAUUGAGAAAGCUUUCUUGUAAUGAAAAAUGCAAUACUGAGUUUGUUUAUUGAUUGGUACUAUGAAUGUUCUCUAAGUGCACUAUUAUAACAGCAAAUCAAGCUAUUCUAGUAAGAAAGCAAAGAACGCAUUGUUAAAUUCCAUUUUGGUGCAGGUAAGGUCCCCUGGAAAGCUAGUGUUUUGUUUAAGAAUGAGAAACAGUUAAGGCACAUAAUUCAUGAUAAAAUGGAGAUAUGGUCUGAAGAUGCUGAUGACAUUGCCUAGAUCUUACGAAAAAAUAUGUUUAAAAAGAUAAGUGUUCCUUCUAGGGGCAAGUACUAACUAAUGGUGGUAUAAAAUGUGCCCCAUUCUGCUUUUGUUGAUCUACGUUCUGGCUCCUGUAAUUCUGUACCUGUAGCUAUUAUAUCAAUCUUACUAGGUUUCCUUUAUACUUCAGAGUUUUAACCAUAGAUUUUUAUUGUUAAACCAAUUAAAAAAAUGAAGCUGAA